GAACCCAUGAACCGUGAGAUCAUGACCUGAGCCAAAGUUGGAGGCUCAGCCGACUGAGCUACCCAGGUGUCCCCAGAACAAAUUUAUAUAAGAUUUUUAGAAAGAAACAUGCUGGGUGAUUUUUCAUGGAGAGCAGAUGGUGUGGUUAAUGAAUUUGCGGUAAAGUUAAUCAGACAGUGUAACCCAACAGAUAUAAGAAUAUGGUUUUGUUUUGUUUUUGGUUUUUUCCAUUUUGGAAUGGUCAUAAGUACACUCAUAAUUGACAGUUUCUUUGGAUGGGACAUCCUUAAAGUGGAUUUCAACAGUUCAUAGUUAUUAUUGUCUUAAUAAGAAAUAUUUUUGAAAAUAUAUUUACUACAUGUUAGGUACAGCUUUUUUAUGGGAGGCUGCACGGUUUCUCUUAGCCAGAAAUCCUGUGUAAGGACUUUUUCCAUCUGAUGUUGAGGGCAGGUUCCAUAGGACCCUCAGUCACAUGAAGACUGCUUGCCUCUCUCCUCCCCCAGGUGGACCUCACCUAUUCUAAGUGUGGUUCUCCAAACCAGCAGCAUCCUGGAGCUUGUUUGAAAUGCAGAUUCUGGGGCCCAUCCUAGACCCUACUGAACUGGGAUCUUCCUUUUAACAAAAUCCUACUCCAAGUGAUGCACAUGAAUGUGUGGGAAGCGCUGGACCAGAUCAGUUGCUCUCACACUUGGGUGUGCAUUAUAGGAAUUGCUAUGUUCGUCCACUACUCCCAGGGUUUUCCUGUUCAGUAACUCGGGACCGGGGCCGGGGCCUUCUCCCCAGGUUCUUAGGUGAUGCUGAUGCUGAUGGGCCAGGGCCAUACUAUGAGAACCAUUAGACGAAGGCAUCCUUUUCAUUGCCCCUUCCUUUUCUCUCCUUUGUAACUCCUCGCCCCUUUAAAUAGCUCUUUUUAUGGAUUAUUAUAAUUGUAGGCUUCAGACUGGUUGGAGAAAAAGAUUACGUUGUCUUUUAUAGCUUUUAGUGAUGGCCACACUAAAAUUGCUUGUCGAUAUCUAAUUUCAGAGAAAAUUCUCUUUUUUAAUGCUUGUUGGAUUUUGACUCUGGCUAAUGAGUAGUUCUCUUUCUCUUCUUUCUAUGAGUUACCCUUAAAAAAAAAAAACAACAGGUAGAUACAAUCUAUUUUAUUUAUUUAUUUAUUUAUUUAUUUAUUUAUUUAUUUAUUUUAAUGUUUAUUUUUAAGAGAGAGUGCGUGUGAGAGAGUCGGGUUGAGGCAGAGAGAGAGAGAGGGAGACGGAGAAUACCAAGCAGGCUUUGCUCUAACAGCAUGAGGCUAUCAGUUCAGGGCUUGAACUCAAAAACCAUGAGAUCAUGACCUGAGCCAAAAACCGAGUUGAAUGCUUAACCGACUGAGCCACCCAUGUGCCCCAGGUUACACUUGUAAUGCUUUAAAAUUAUUUUUGUAUAGGUAAAAUAUUCAUAUAGUUCAAAAAUUAAAACAGCUUAUUUGGAGGAGUCUGGUUUCCAACUCUUGUGAUCUAAUCUGUCCUCUCUUCCCAUAAAUAACCUCUUUUGUUUGUAUCGUUACAGAUCUUCCUUUGUGUAGACACAAGCCAAUACCAGCAGAGUAUACAUACCUCCUUCUUUGUAUAUAAAAUAUAGCAUACCUUGUAAAUUAUUCAGCCCCUUGCUUUUUGGCCAGUUCACAUACCUUUGGGAUCUUUCCAUAUUAAUGUGUAGAAAACACUUCAUUAAUAGCUUCAGAAUAUUCCAGUGUAUGCCUGUGCCAUAGUUUAUUGAACUAGCCCCUGUGCAUCAACUAUUGAUGCCUAUUUGAGUUUUGUUCAGCCCCUUAACAAUCACAAUGCCGUGGUGAAUAAACUUGUACACAUUUCAUGUAUGUGAGGUAUAUCUGUGGGAUAUCUUUCCAAAGUGAGACUACUGGUUCGUUGAGCAAUGCAUUGAUAAUUUUGAUAAAUUCUGCCCUUCUUUAGGGUUGUACAUUUUGAACUCCUGCAAGUAAUGCAUUUAUGGUACCCGUUCCUCCAGGGGCUCUCCAGCAGUGUUUCCCAACCUUUAGAUUUGUAUUAUUCUGAUACGUGAAAUAUGAUAACACUGUAGUCUUAAUGUGCCUUACUUUGAUUAUGAAUAAGGCUGAGCAUCUUUUCAUAUGCUUAAAGGCAAUUUCUAUUUCCUUUUCUAUGAACUACCUGUUCAUACCCUUUGUAAUUUUUCUUUUGGGUUGCCUUUUUCUUACCGGUUUCUAGGAAUGUAUAAAUCAGAGAGAUUAGCCCUUUGGGGUGUGAGUUGCGCUUUCCCCCAGUUUAUUUGUUUUUUAAUUUAUGUCCAUAGAUUUUGGCAUAGAGAAAGGUUAAAAGAUUUUUCUUUAAAUUUUAGGUAGUUUUUUCUAAUCUUUUACGGUGUCUGGAUUUUGCGUCACAGAAAGGCCGCCAAGAAUUUGAAAUUUGUUCGUGUUUUCCUUCAGUGCUUGUAUGAUUUCAUUUUUACUCCUUUUUUUAAAAUGUUUAUUUAUUUACUUUUGUGAGAGAGAAUGCAUGCAAGUCAGGGAAGGGGCAGAGAGAGAAAGGGAAACAGAGAUUCUGAAGCAGGUCCCAGAGACUCCUAGCUGUCAGUGCAGAGCCUGAAGGGGGUGGGGGGAGUGUGUCGAACUCACAACCGGUGAGAUCAUGACCUGAGCCAAAGUUGCACGCUUAACCGACUGAGCCACCCAGGUCCCCUCAUUUUUACUCUUAAAUCUUUGAUAUACAGUAUAUGGGAUUUAUUCUGGUGUUCAGGGAUGGUAUAUAGAUUAAACUUUAUCUUUUUUCAUGUAGCUGCCAGCUAUCUUUACCCAUUUGUUUCAGAAUACAAUAAAUACACCGUUAUUGUAUUUAGAACUUCCAUGUGUAUUGGGGCCCAUCUGUGGACUCCCUGUUCUAUUCCAUUAGUCUUUGUAUUCAGAGACCAGUUCACGUUAUUGGUUUUAUAAACUGUUUUAGUUUCCUCUGUUGCCCUUCAUUUUUCUGGAAAUUCUUGCUUUUUCACUUUUCCAUGUUAACUUUAUAAUCAUUUUGUCUAGUUCCAGAAAAAAAAAAGCUUUAAAAAAAUGAGAUCAUGUUGAAAUUAUAAACUAAUUUUAUGGAGAGAAUUUAUAUGUCCUUGAUAUUGAAUUUUCCCAUUCAAGAACCUUGUGUAGUUUUUUCAUUUGUUUGGUUUUACUUUUGAGUCCUUCUGGAGCAUUUAAAAUUUUUUCUUACAUACGUUUUGCCAAUUUUUUUAAAAUUUAUUUUACGUAUUUUAUCUUUUGUGUUGCUUUUGUGAGAUCUUCUCUUUAUCUUUUCUAAGUGGUUUUGCCUGUAUGUAUGGAGGUUGUUUUUCUGUAUGAGUACAGAAAUUGACAGACCCUGAAGUUACAAGUAGUUUUUAAGAGACUUCAAAUUCUGCAAAUUCCCUUGUACAUUUUCGCCCAAGAGAAAGAAAGCUUUGAGGGUCAAGCUUGCAGUUGAAGUCCGUGUCUGCAUUUAUUAGCCCUUGGACUUGAGGAGGUCUGUUUGACUUCUCUUAGCCUCACUUCCUGAACCUGUACAAGGAAUCAUUCUGUGUAAGGAUGUUGGAGGAAUUAAACAAGAACGCAAGAGACUCAUCACUUACAGCUGCUUCCACCACCAAGGCCAACAUGGGUUGAGGCCACUGGGUUUUUCCUUUUUCCCACUCUUACCCCUUUCAUCGUUGAAAGAGGAAAAAAAAGAAACCAUGGAGAAAAACAGUAAAGUGUUGGGAUUGAAGUUAAAAGUAAGCUCUGAUUCAAUGCCAACGGGAUAAUCGGUGUGCUUGAGAUAGGAAACAAACCCAGCUCCGCACUUGAGGCCCCUCCUAUUUUCUGGCGUUACUACUUACUGCCCUGUAGACGCACCCUGACAGCAAGGCUACUUAGCUUUCUCUGAAGGCCCUGUGUAUCCUGUAACACCAUCCCUUCCACCCAGAAUGUUCUGCUACCUGUGUCUGCCAGUUCGGAUACGUACUGCCCCUCAGCCAGUGAAGAACAGUAUCCGUCUCCUUGUGCAGUUCAUCUGCCCUAUAGCUUGGCCUGUGAUCGACUGGAAACCGAAGAGAGAAACCAUAUCUGUCCAUUCAUCCAAAGAUGCCCACAAAAUACCUGGCAAAGGAUGGACACUCAGUCUCUUCAGCAGGCCGCAUUUAAGAGAGGUCUCGUACACCUUUUGCCGGUGGCUGGAGCACGAUGGAUCCCCCAGGGGCACUGGACGCGGAGGAUGAAGUGGGGCCGUUAGCCCAUCUUGCCCCAAGUCCUCAAAGCGAAGCUGUUGCCCAUGAAUUCCAGGAGCUGUCCCUGCAGCCCAGCCAGCACCUGCCCCCCCUGAACGAGAGGAAGAACGGAAGUGUAGUCUUUUGGGAGUCAGGACUCCAGUGUCCUCUGCUGACUCAGUCUGUGAGCAUGGUGCUCCAGCUGAGGCUGCAACAGAGGAGGACGAGAGAACAGCUGGUGGACCAGGGCAUCAUGCCACCUUUGAAGAGCCCAGCUGCAUUCCAUGAGCAGAUAAAAAGCUUGGAACGAGCCAGAACUGAAAACUUUUUGAAGCAUAAGAUUCGGAGCCGACCAGAUCGUUCUGAACUUGUCAGGAUGCACAUUUUAGAAGAAACAUUUGCAGAACCAUCCCUGCAGGCUACUCAGAUGAAGUUGAAAAGAGCUCGACUAGCGGAUGAUCUGAAUGAAAAGAUUGCUCAAAGACCUGGUCCUAUGGAGCUGGUAGAGAAAAACAUCCUUCCUGUAGACUCCAGUGUUAAGGAAGCAAUUAUAGGCGUUGGGAAGGAGGACUAUCCUCAAACUCAGGGCGAUUUCUCAUUUGACGAAGACAGCAGUGAUGCUCUGUCUCCAGACCAGCCAGCCAGCCAGGACUCGCAGGGGUCCGCCGCUUCCCCGACUGAGCCAAAAGUUAGUGAAUCGCCGUCUCCCGUGACUACAAGCACUCCAGCCCAGCAGUUUACUUCAGUGUCCCCAGCAGUUCCUGAAUUCUUGAAAACUCCUGCUCCGGAUCAGCCCCCGACCAGGUCCCCCGCUCCUGUCCUCCCCACAAACACCGUGUCCUCAGCAAAGCCUGGCCCGUCGCUGGUGAAGCAAAGCCAUCCCAAGAACCCUAACGACAAACACCGGGGCAAGAAGUGCAAAGAUCCCAAGCCACGGGUGAAGAAGCUCAAGUACCACCAGUACAUCCCGCCCGACCAGAAGGGGGAGAAGAGCGAGCCCCAGAUGGACUCCAACUACGCCCGCCUGCUCCAGCAGCAGCAGCUGUUCCUGCAGCUCCAGAUCCUGAGCCAGCAGCAGCAGCACUACAACUACCAGACCAUCCUGCCCGCGCCGCUCAAGCCACUCAAUGACAAAAAUAACAACAGUGGGAAUUCAGCUCUGAACAGCACCACGCCUAAUACACCAAGACAGAAUCCAUCUGCUUCCGUGAGAAAGCCGGGGCCCCUGCCUUCUAGCCUGGAUGACUUAAAGGUGUCGGAACUGAAGACGGAGCUGAAGUUACGGGGUCUUCCGGUGUCGGGCACCAAACCGGACCUCAUCGAACGCCUGAAGCCCUACCAGGAAGUGAACAGCAGCGCUGUUGCUGCCGGCGGCGUCCUGGCGGUGCCAGCGUCUGCCAUCGUCGCCAGCAACCCAGAAGUCACCGUGGCACUGCCGGUGACAACGCUGCACAACUCCGUGACGAGCUCAGGCCCCUCUUUCAAGGCAGAGUUGCCGCCUGCCGGAAGCAGCAACGUCGCCCAUGCCGAGAGCGUCAGCUCCCCCCUGCCCAUCUCGCCUUCCCCCUCCGAGCAGUCCAGUCUCGGGACCGAGGACACAAGCAUGGCAGACACGUUCACCGAGAUCAUGACCAUGAUGUCUCCCGCGCAGUUCCUGUGCUCGUCGCCGCUGAGAGUGACGGGCAGCGAGGACAGCCCGAGUCCCGCCAGCAGCACGCUGUCGAGUCUGGAACUGGACGCGGCCGAGAAGGACCGCAAGCUGCAGGAGAAAGAGAAGCAGAUCGAGGAGCUAAAGAGGAAACUGGAACAGGAGCAGAAGCUCGUGGAAGUUCUGAAAAUGCAGCUUGAGGUUGAAAAGCGAGGGCAGCGGCAGCAGCAGCAGCAGCCGCUGGAACCCCAGCCCAGUGCCGCGGCCAGCUCUGCCGGCAAGUUAGAUCCGAAGCAUGGCGGCGUGGGCUCCCCCGUCAAGGACGAGACCGCGCUGCCCGACUGCUCCAGCCCCAGGCGGCCUGGCCCGCUGGCCAGCCAUCCUGUGGGCCAGCCUGUCUCGGCGGGUGGCCAGACCCUGGUUGCCAAAAAGGCCGUAGUGAUCAAGCAGGAGGUCCCCGUGGCCCAGGCCGAGCAGCAGAGCGUCGUCCCGCAGUUUUACGUGAGUUCCCAGGGACAGCCGCCGCCUGCCGUUGUCGCUCAGCCUCAGGCUUUACUGACCACACAAACCGCUCAGCUGCUGCUGCCGCUGUCCAUCCAGGGCUCCAAUGUCACCUCAGUGCAACUCCCAGUAGGCAGCCUCAGACUCCAGACUCCACCACAAGCAGGAAUCCAGACUCAGACUCAGCCGCAGACAGCAGCCACCACCCUGUCCUCAGGCUUAGCCCAGACCGUACCUCAGAAGCAAGAAGCUUUCACGCCACAUGUGCUCAGUCAGCCUCAGCAAGUUAGAAAGGUUUUCACGAACUCGGCAUCAAAUUCAGUUCUUCCGUAUGAGAGACCACCUGCUCCAGCGGUCCAGCAGCCCUUUGUGAACAAGACCUCCACCAGUGUUCUUCAGUCCAGAAGCGCACCACUUGCCUCCCUGCAGAAUGGACCUACCGCUUCCAACAAGCCUAGUUCGCCCCCUCCACCCCAGCAGUGCGUCGUCCAGCACUCCCUGUUUGGGAGCCCGGUCCCCAAGACAAAAGACCCUCCCCGCUACGAGGAGGCCAUCAAGCAGACACGUGGUGCCCCGUCCUCCCUUCCAGAGAUUUCCAGUGCACACAGUCAGCAGAUGGACGACCUCUUUGAUAUACUUAUCAAGAGUGGAGAGAUUUCCCUCCCUAUAAAAGAAGAGCCUUCUCCCAUUUCCAAAAUGAGACCAGUGACAGCCAGCAUCACCACAAUGCCAGUCAACACGGUGGUGUCCCGGCCCCCGCCCCAAGUCCAAAUGGCACCACCCGUCUCCUUAGAACCCCUGAGCAGUUUAUCUGCCAGCUUAGAGAACCAGCUAGAAGCUUUCUUGGAUGGAACUUUACCUUCGGCCAACGAAAUUGUUCCCCUGCAAAGCAGCAGUGAAGACAGAGAGCCCUUCUCUCUGAUCGAGGACCUCCAAAAUGACUUGCUGAGUCACUCAAGUGUGCUGGACCAUUCACACUCACCCAUGGAGACUUCUGAAGCCCAGUUUGCUGCAAGUACCCCCUGUCUGUCACUUGACCUCUCUGACUCAAACUUAGACAACAUGGAGUGGCUGGACAUUACCAUGCCCAACACGUCGGGACUCACUCCCCUCAGCGCCACCGCUCCCAGCAUGUUCUCCACUGACUUUCUAGAUCCACAAGACCUGCCGUUGCCAUGGGACUAACAUCACAGAUUUCUCAUCCGAGUUCCUGACGUCUAAGAAGAUGAAGAUCAUUCUGAAGAGGGCAGUUUUUAGAGACAGAUCCAUAGCGGCGUUGUUGCAAUUAAAAUAUGUUGUCAUAGAAAGGGUGGCUAGAUGGUCACAGCCUGGAAACCAAGUGUGAAAACAUGUCAUUGCAUCCGGCGGUGAAUUUCUACAAUUUAACAUAGCAUGGGGCCUUCUGAAAAAAUCGCUGGUCAAAGAAGACUCAUUCGUUUUUCCAGACUUCAGUAAAGAAUGCAGAGUACCUUUAGAUAAAGACAUGACAGAGAGUGACGUGUGCAGGAUAACUACAUGAGGGUUCUCCGUCAACUACAUUUAAACCUCUGUGGUCGCUUUAAGACCCCAAAUAGAAGGCAGACGGCUCCACUCACAAGAGGAUGCCAGUUGAGGGAGGUGAGAGGUCACUGCACGUGGUGUUUCCUAGAAAUGGCCUGAGCCUGGUCAGGCAGCACAGGCAGUGGAGAGAGAGCGCCAGCCAGUUCCGGGACAGCUUCCAGCUGAAGAUUUUCGGUUCCAUUCAGAAACCAACAUAAUUUUUUGUGUGUUGUAGUUUAUUUUGUGGUUUGGGGAAUCUUACUUUAGAUUCCCAAAUUUCAAUUCAAAUGGAUGAUCUUUCACCAUCACCAAUGUAAAAAAAAAAAAAAAAAAAAAAAAUACGGUCAUAAACCACUGUACAAAGUCCACAUAUAAUGAAUGAUAACACUGAAAAUUCUAUUAGCAACCCUCAGGGUUGAUUAGAUUGAUUUUCAUGUGUAUAUUAGACACUUGUAGGUACACUCUCACAUGUGGUAUGUACAGCCUACACUGGGGUAAGGGAGUUGGGUAGCCAGCGGUUCUACUUGUUUUAAUAACUCGAAUAUUUCUAGA